CACAUUGCGUGCAUCGUUAAGUUGGUAGUUGGUACACUUGUUAGUCAGGUUCGUGCAGGUUUAUUUUUCUUGUUUUUUUCACCUGUUUAAAACAUUUUUAAAAUAGUGGUGUUUCUACAAAAAGGUAGAGUAUAUUAUCAGGAAAUUGUGUAAAAAGUCUCGGGUGUAAAAAAUGGGUCACGGAAAAUGCAUUGUCACAGGAUGUACAUCGAGUCACUAUAAAGAAAAGACUAAAGAGAAGAGUAGAAAAUUAGAAGUGGAUCCAAAAAAGAAGACACACUUUUUUUCUAUUCCAAAAGUUGGUUUAGAAUUGUGGAAAAAUGCCCUUUCAGGGAAUAAAAUUGCCGUUAAGCCUGGACAGUCGGUUUGUGAUAAGCAUUUUUCGAAAAAAGAUUUACGCUGGAGAAAAGUAUUGAAAGGACCAAAUGGCAUGAUUCUUGGAGUGAGUGCCGAUUUCAAAAUGCCGAAAUUAAAGGAAGGAGCAGUGCCAUCGAGACGUCUAGCGAAUAAUCCAGACGAAGAAUCUGAAUCGGAUUUAUCAAUUUCAGAUGAAGAUUUAUUAAGGAAGGAAUCAGUUGACACUGAAAGUAACGUCGAGGAUAUUUUUCAGAAUUUCGAAGAAAUCGAACAUUUCGAAGCUUAUUAUCAUUUAGCAGCCGAAGCCAAAUUGAAAAUACCAAAAUCAACCGAGGAAAUUUCUCUAUUCGACAUUAUUAACGGAAAUGAAAAAAGCGUCGCCCUCCCUCCAGUUUGGACGCGACAAAAUCUCAUGUACAAUGGUGAAAAAAUGGUCGUCUUCAAUCAAUUCGUUCCAAAAAUGGAAAACGGAAUAAUCCAACCGUGCUGCUCAAAGCAACUCCUCCUCGACAAAAAUUUACAAACAACAAUUUUCAUCACACGUCAAAAGCUAAACAAGGAAAACAGUGAGAUUAAAGACAUCGACAUAAACAGUAUCGAUGAUCUUGAAUAUUUACUGAAAAUCGUUCACUCAUGGCGUAUUUGCGCUGGAUUAAAAAUUCAGUCCAACGAUACAAAAGAAUUUUCAUUUAUUCACGUUGAUAAGGAGGGUGUUGUUCGCAGUUUGGAAUGUUCACUCUAUAUACCGUCAUUGUCACGCAGUGGAAGUUGUGAUUAUUGUCGUAAAUCGAAAAAAACUGUUGCACAAAAAUUGGCGCGUAUGGAAAAAAGUCCAAGUUUAACGCGUUUACGUUUAUGUUUGACGGGUAAGCAAAAAAAGAAAUUGGACGAAAUGAGGCGGGAAAUUAAAACAUUGAGACGCGGUAGAGCGAGAUCAUUGGUGAGAAUUAAAUUGUUGAAGGAAUUAAGAGUACGUGAACGUGAGGAAUAUUUACGUUGUCAAAAGACAUUGGAUCAAAUGUUAAUGGCGAGUAGUCUUGAUGCGAAUCAAAAAUUAGUCACUAAGGAAAUGUUGGCGUCGACAAAACAACCGCCACGUGGGAGACGUUAUUCGAAAAUAUGGAUUUCGUUUUGUUUGACAUUGCAUCGGAAAUCGCCGUCUGUGUAUAAAUUUUUGAAACUUAAUAAUGUUUUACCGUUACCAGCAACUCAAACUCUCAGCAGGUUCGCCCAACAACAUCCGACAGUGGAUCAAGAAAUUUCUUUACUUGAAGCUAAGGAAAUGGAAAUGGAUACAGAAGACAUUGCGGAAGUCGUCUACGAAAACGAGAUUGUCCCCUCAGAAGAAUUACCUGACAUCGAAAUGGAGACUGAAAUAAUUUAAUUGACACAUUAAUUCCCGAAUGAAGUUCAAAAUGUUCGGGUGAAGAAAAUUAUCGGAUGGAAUGAUUCCUCUAAAAUUUUAUCAAAAAAUUUACGAAAAUAGGACGUUUAAAGUUAAACUAUUUCUACACGUCUCUAAGUGUUUUGUUCGCCUAUUUUCUUUUCUUUACUUUUUCGUAUUUUGUGUUUAAUUCCCGAAGAAAUUCGUAAAUAUAGUUUAAUUUUGAUAAAUAAAUGUUUCGUAAAAAUGAAAAUGUUAAGACAAAAAAGGAAAAAAAAACAUUUAAUUUUUUCAGCUUACUUUGUAGGGAAAUAUUUUUAUUUUAUAGAAAAGUUAACUAGUCUGUUAGGAUAAUUACAAUUGACACUAUAAAUUGUUUUUGUCACG